AUGAAAAGCCAUUUAGAUAUCUAAUAUUGAGUUUCCCCUUGUCCCCGCAUUCUUCAUCCAUAAACCUAUUUCAUAUCAUUUUCAUAAAAAAUGCCUCCCAAAAAAGCUACUGGUAAAUCCAAAAUCGGAGGAGGAAAAGUAAACCGAGGCGAGGAUGUCAAGAACGUAUCGCGUUCUACCAAAGCUGGCCUGCAGUUCCCUGUCAGUCGUAUUCAUCGUAUGCUGAGAAAGUCAAAUUACACCAAACGUGUUGGGUCGGGUGCACCUGUGUACCUUGCUGCAGUUUUGGAGUACCUUGCCGCUGAGAUUCUUGAGUUGGCCGGAAAUGCUGCUAGAGAUAACAAGAAGCGUCGUAUCAACCCACGUCACUUACAACUCGCUAUUCGAAAUGAUGAGGAACUCAGUAAGCUCCUCGGUGAUGUUAUAAUAUCAGAGGGAGGUGUGGUGCCAUUUAUCAACCCUGCGCUCCUUCCCGCUAAAUCGAAGAAGCACAGUCUCGAAAGUCAAGAAGUGUAAACUAUUUUGUAGCAUUUAUUUAUUUUUGUAUCCUUUGUAUCGCAGUUGUACUUUUGGAGCCUAUAUUCUGUCUAAUCUAUGCUAUCAGCUUUACACUU